AUGGCAAUCCAGAUCCCCAGCCGAAUAACAUUUGAGGGCCCCGAUACGGUCCGGAAAUGGGGCGACGCGGCGCGACUUCGCAGGGAAGUGGAGGCCAUGACCUUCGUCCAGCGCGAGACCUCCGUUCCCGUCCCCACCAUCCUCGAAGUCUACUUCGAUGAUCAUUCCGAUGAAUACAAGUGCUGGAUUCUCAUGGAACGCCUACCAGGAUCUCAGCUCGGCACGGCGUGGCCUGAGAUGGAUGACAACGCUCGUUCAGAAACAAUCAGGCAACUCAGGUCAUACCUGGAACAGAUCCAUCACCUUCGUCCUGCCGGUGCCGGGUUCCUCGUUGCCCCGGUCAAACAAUCACCGCGUCCCGGAACAUUCGCGAAAUGCAGGGCUCAAUUCCCUGAUACGUAG